UCUUUUCCCAGCAUUAGUCGCUUCGAUCAUCUCAUCCCAAUCACACAUUGGCUCCCCAAAAAGUGUUUGAGCCACACGAUCUAUAAGAACGCAAAUUUAUCUAUUUCCUUUAUCCUGUUAUCAGGUUCGGAAAUUACUAAUAGCAUCCUGAUCGUGUCGAAACGUAAUCAAUCAUGAUAAGCCAAACGAUCCUGUGGUGUGCUUUGGUAGGAAGUGUUUUAUCGGCCCGUUUGGAUAACCUAUAUGGAGCUCCAGCUCCACCUGGUGCUAGCCGAGGCAGUGGAGGUGAUGGAAAUUUCCUGAACACUCCCCGGCAGGAUAAUAACCAAUUCGGUGGAGCUCCCUCGAAUCAAUAUCUGCCUCCCACUGGCCAGGCCAGCAACCAGGGUGGAUAUCCUUCGGUGGCUCCUCUUGGUGGAGGCCAGGGUCAAGGCCAGUUUGGAUACAAUCCCCAGCAGUCACAGCCACAACAGCCACAAUCUUACAGUGGAGUCGGUGCAAACCAACCCGGAGGUGGAUUCCAGGGAGGCUUCCAGCAACCACGUACCACCCCCAUCCCGAUUCUGCGAUAUGAAAACGUGAACAACGGUGAUGGAAGCUAUCGCUUCGAUUACGCCACCGGUAAUGGCAUCCAGCACCAGGAAGAGGGCUACAAUCGUAAAAUUGGACCCGAGCUGGGAGAACAGAUCGUUUCCGGAGGAUAUUCCUAUACCGGACCAGAUGGCAAAUUGUACAGCGUUCAAUACAAGGCUGAUGCUGGUGGUUUCCAACCAGUCGGAGAUCAUCUACCUACUCCACCAACACUGCCACAGGAGCUGCAGGAAGCUUACGAUCUGCACGCCAAAUUGUUCGCUGAAGCUGCUGCUCGACCAAAGAAUCCUGCUUUCCAGGGACCACAGACAUAUAACCAACAACAGCCAAACCAACAGUACGGAGCUCCACAGCCUCAAUAUCAAGCCCCGAGCCAGCAGUAUGGAGCCCCUCAGCAGCAACCGCAGUAUCAGACACCUCAGCAAAAGCCGCAGUACCAGACACCUCAGCAACAGCCACAGUACCAGUCACCUCAGCAACAGCCGCAGUACCAGGCACCUCAGCAACAGCCGCAGUACCAGGCACCACAGCAACAGUUCCAAAACACUGCCACUCCAGUCCAAGGCUACCAGUCGGCUCCAUCGAACCAGUACCUGCCACCUACAAGCAGACAACAAAGCUUCAAUCCCCAAUCUGGAUACCGGUACUAAGCUCUCUCAUUGACUCCAAACCAACGGACCUGCCUGCCCAACACAUUCACGUGUACCUCAUGACCCACCUCGAAGCGCCAUAAGCCCAAAUCGCACUAACAAAAAAAAAAAUCUAUCGAGGUGACCAGACCGCAAAACUGGAACACACAUUACUUCGACAAUACAACAAUAGAACAAUUUGCAACGGUGAUGCGUUAUCGAUGCGGUAAAUUAGCAACGAUCCAAAAUGAAAAUCUGCCUUCACUGCAAUUGGCCUCGGGCGACCGUGUCAGAACGCAUCAUCGAUCGCAGAACGCACCGAACAAUAGGACAAAGAAUACCGCACUAUUGCCAACCAAUGCUGCCCCUUUGGUUGAAUAGGCGGUGCUGCUAGACUUUAUGAUAGGAUCGUAACAAGUGUAACAUUAAUUUUCUAACCGGCAAUGAAUCAUAGUGUAGACGUAUAAGCGCAAUGAGAUGAAAUCAAUAAAAAGCGAAACCAGUGAAAUGGUGGUGUGUCUAUUUGUC